ACAUCACUCGCACUCGCUCGACUUGAAACCAGAAGCGAGGUUGUUCAGGGUUUGGGGAACAAGUCCAGGAAGCUGCGGCAACUGAUAAGACAGAAAACUUAUGAAGCAUAAAACAAGACAACGUUGAGAACUUACUUCUCUCCUAGAGUCGAGUCGAGAAUUGGAGUUAAGCUUCGAUCAGGCGUCUUGGUCGCUGCCGGUCGGUCCCCUCUAGGACUGCGCUGUGUGGUCGUGGCAGGAACACGCCCUGACUCCUGGAUAUGGCGGGUCUCCGUGGUGUCACGAUCCUGCUGCUCUGGGCUGGAAUCAUUGGUUUGGCCAAAUGUCAAAACGCCAAUAUAUCAACUCAUGUAACAGCUCAAGUGUCCGAUCAACCAACCAAAGCUACCACCGCCUCAGCUACAACCAACCACACGAAAACCCCUCUGCCCAUGGCCUCACCUGAAGACACCAAGCUCAACGCCACAGUGGAUAACACCAUCCCAGUGCGUCGUGACACCGAUGUACCAUCCAAAGCUACCACCGCCUCAGCUACAACCAACGACAACAAAGGCCCUUCGCCCCUGACCUCACCUGAAGACACCAAGCUCACCACCCGAGUGCGUCGUGACACCGAUGUAUCAUCCAAUGAUACCACCGCCUCAGCUUCAACCAACGACACAGAAACCACUUCGCACAAGACCCCAACAAAUGUCAGCACGCACAACACCACAGUGAAUAAUAACACCACCCCAGAGCGUGGUACUACAGCUCCCCCACUAACGUGUAAUUACACUGUAAAAUCCAUCAAGUUUGGCCUCCGGAUUGACAUCACAAGCUCGGCAGUUAGCUCUGUUCAUACCACCAUAAUGAUUAAUGAAGAAGGGGAAAAUGCGACUGAAGCAAUACCCAGGGCUCCUCAUUCCAAUCAAAGUUCAUAUCAUGAAAUCAAACAGCUGAAGCCGUGCACUAAAUAUGAGCUUAAAGUGACACUUGUGGAUAAAGACGAACAAACGCCCUGCCAUUGCACGACUGAAAAUGUUCCCAUGACAAUUGGAAUAAUGAAAGAUGACAUUGAAGAGGCCAACUGCAGCUCUACCAGCGGCAAAUCCGUGUGUUACAGAACUGGAUGGGACAUCAACUCCUUUCAAACGACUCCGGUUAUGAUCCCAGAUCUGCAAUGUGGCCACAACACCGUCUGUUUCAAACCUGGUUUUGAUGACAUUUGCUCUAAUAUAACUUUCACCUUGCCAACCUGCACCAACAUUUCCUCUCAGUUCAACAGAAGCAUCACCCUCGAUGUUAAAAGCAUAAACCAAACUGCUCCAACACAAUUUCCUGUAGAAUUUGAAACAAAAUUACCUCCAAAAUGCAACCUCUCCAUUGAUUACACCUGUCAGUUUGACAGAUUCAAUGAGGCUGAUAAACAUGGACCAGACCCCUCAUGGAGGGAAUUUGUCUAUAAGGGUGAUAAACAUGGACCACACCCCUUACGGAUUGACAUAGUAUCUGAGAAUCUGUCUGAGCUGGAGCCUUUCACAGACUACAACUGUACCGGUCACAUCAAGGACGGGAACAAUGACAACGUAUACAACACAACUGAAGUUAAAGUCCGGAUCAGCUGUGAUCUCAAAAUAAACCUCACGAGUCAUAGUACCACCAACACAUCCUCUCAGCUGAUUUGGACCACGACCAAUAACGGAUGUAAAGACGUGAUUCAGAAUCUUUCAUACAUCUGCAGCUGUGGCAAACCUCAUGGGAGUGAUAAUACCAAAGUAAAAGUUUAUAAUAAGCCACAAGGAGGAACCUGCAACAUUACUGCUCUGAUGCCAUACAAGGACUACACCUGCUGGGUCCAACCCUACUACCCCAGGGAGGUCCGAUCCUACUACAUCUACAGACCAGUCGGGGACCCCGUAUCUGUUAAACAGAAAACUCUGAUUGGAGUACCAGAGGAUGUACGUAAUCUGCAGCUGGAGGUUAAAGACCACAAUACGAUCUCUAUCACCUGCACAACUCCUCGAAACUUCAAUGGACCUGAGGGAAAAUUUAAAGCACAACUUGUUUAUGGCAGUAGCAUUGUGGAAAAAAUUUUUGCAAAAUGUGAAUUUGAAUUCAAGGACCUGAAGUACUCCACGAGCUACACAGUGAAGGUGACUGCUGUCAACCGUCUGUUUGAGAGCAACCCCGUCACAGUGCAAAUUUCUACUGAAUAUAAUGACAAAGCUGUCAUUGGUUUUCUCAUCUUCCUCAUCAUCCUCACGUCUGUGGCUCUCCUGCUGGUCGUCUACAAGAUCUGGGACAUGAGGCGCAGGAAGUCCCAUGACCUGAGUGAGAACUUGAUUCUUAUUUCAACAGCAAAUGAUGAGGAGAACCUGCUGCCCGUCGAGCCCAUUGCAGCAGAGCUGCUGCUGGAAGCCUACAAGAGGAAACUGGCUGAUGAGGCCAGACUCUUCCUGGCUGAGUUUCAGAGCAUCCCCAGAAUUUUCUCCAGGCACUCGGUGAAAGAGGCCAAGAAGUCCUCCAAUGUCCCCAAGAACCGCUACGUGGACAUCUUGCCCUAUGAUUAUAACCGUGUCCAGCUGACCACAGGAAACGGCGAAGCAGGAUGUGACUACAUCAACGCCAGCUUCAUUGAUGGAUACAAGGAAGCCAAGAAGUACAUUGCAGCUCAAGGGCCCAAGGAUGAGACUUUGGGGGACUUCUGGAGGAUGGUCUGGGAGCAGCAGUCCUCUAUAAUCGUCAUGGUAACCCGCUGUGAAGAGGGAAACCGGGUCAAGUGUUCGCAGUACUGGCCGGCUCCAGAUCGGGAGGCCGAGAUCUUUGAGGAGUUUGUGGUGAAGCUGAACUCAGAGGAGAUCUGUCCGGAUUACACCAUCCGUCACCUCAGCCUAACGAACAAGAGGGAGAAGAGCUCAGACAGGGAGGUGACUCACAUCCAGUUCAUGAGCUGGCCCGACCACGGCGUCCCAUCGGAGCCACACCUCCUCCUGAAGCUGAGGAGGCGCGUCAACGCUUUCAAGAACUUCUUCAGCGGCCCCAUCGUCGUCCACUGCAGUGCCGGAGUGGGUAGAACAGGGACUUAUAUCGGCAUUGAUGCCAUGAUGGAGGCUAUGGAGGUGGAGGGCAGAGUGGACAUCUACGGUUACAUGGUCAGACUCCGCAGACAGAGAUGCCUCAUGGUUCAAGUGGAGGCCCAGUACAUCCUGAUUCAUCAGGCUUUGGUGGAGCACAACCAGUUUGGAGAGACUGAGAUCCCACUGUCCGAGGUCCACAGCACACUGAGCCAACUCACAGAGAAAACUUCUGAAAGUGAACCCACCCUGAUGGAGGAGGAGUUUGACAGAGUCCCCACAUUUCAUAAAUGGAGGACGGUCAAUGUGGGGAUCAGUGAGGAGAACAAGGGGAAGAACCGCCCUUCGUCUGUCAUCCCAUAUGACUACAACCGAGUGCUGCUGAAGCACAAUGAAGGACGCAGUCAUGACAGUGACCCUGAGGAUGAAGAGGAGGAGUCAUCAGACGAAGAGGAUGAGGAUUCCUGUAGAUACAUCAAUGCCUCCCAUAUUAAUGGAUACUGGGGCCCACGUGCCCUCAUCGCAGCUCAGACUCCACUGCCCGACACCAUGGCUGACUUCUGGUUGAUGGUUUACCAGAAGAAAGUGUCCACACUCGUCAUGCUCUCAGAGGAGAAUAAGGAGUCUGAGGCUGUGUACUGGGAUAAGGACAAGAGGACAUUUGGGGACUUGGAGGUGGAGGUGGUGAGCACAGACGCCACCCCGACCUUCAUCAGACGCAAUCUGAUGAUCCGCCAUGUAAAGAAGACAGAGAGUCGCUCGGUGAAGCAGUUCCAGUUCCUGAAGUGGGUGAACAGGGAGCUGCCGGAGACGCCUCAGUGCCUCGCGGACAUGAUGAAGGAGAUCAAGAAGGGCGGUGGAGGCAGCAAAUCACAGACGACCGUGGUCCACUGCAAUGACGGCUCGUCCCGCUCCGGGGUUUUCUGCGCCCUGUGGAAUCUGCUGGACUGCGCUCACACCGAGAAAGUGAUCGAUGUUUUCCAGGUGGUCAAAACUUUACGCAAGGAGAGACAGAGCAUGAUCUCCAGCCUGGCGCAGUACCAGUUCCUGUAUGACACAGUGCAGAUGCUCGUCCCUGUCCAGAAUGGGGAAGUGAAAGCGGUGCAGGCCUCAGCAGCUGACUCCAUCCAGAUGAUCAGUGAAACCGCAGCACCCGAGCAGCCAGACAGCGCCGCCAGCAGCCAGCAGCAGGAGGCGGAAGAGAGCACUCACCUGGUGGCUGAGGAAGGCAAGGAAGACAAGGAAGAGGAGCCUGGUAAAGAGUCCCCGCUGAUGGAGGACACCAGCGACGUCCCUCUGGAUGUCUGAGGAGCUGCGGCUCAAUGCUUUCUUUUCAGUUUCUCCAUGAAUGUAUAGAAACUGUUAAACUCAAUGUGGUUCAGGUUCUGACGUGUUAAAGAAUUUGAUCAAAUGUUUUACUUUUGAUUUACAAAGAGAGAAAAAUAUAAUGUUAGAGUAAGUUAUACAUAUUUUAGUAGCUAAUGUGUAAUGGUGCAAAUGUGAGCAAAGGUUAUAUAUAACGCUGUCAUCAAACUCCAGACUUUGGAUUUACUGUAUAUUGAUAGGUACAAGAAUGCAAUUUUUGAAUAUACAAUACAUUGUUUUAUAUCCCACUAUAACAUGCAUUAUCAGCUGAGAGGGUUAGUUUAUAUUUUGGUUUUCUUGCUAAAUAAACAGAUGCUAUGUUUUCUUCAUUUAUACAGAUAUAUAUUUGAUGUAUCUAAAUAAUUUAGUUUAAAAUUUGUAAUGUAACACUGUGAUAUUUGAUUAAAAGAUACUUACAAUAA